AUAACACUGAGGUACUGUAAAUAAGUAUAUCAAUACUCACGGACACAGGAAAAUUAUGUUGUUUUUUUUAUUAAAAAUUAUGUUUAUAUAAAUGUGACUGAUUUAGUGUCAAGAGAGAAAACUAAUACAGAUUUCAUUAUGAUGUCAUAAAUAACUUAUUUAUAAAUAUUUUAAGUAGAACUUCAUGAUUGACAAAACGUCAAAAUGCAAGCACUCCUUAUAGGUAUAAAAUAAAUCCUAAAUUUAAAAAAACCCCACCAUAAUCACAUUAAAUGUUUUUCUUAUAUGAGUUUAACUGCACCAAUGCAUCAUCGUCAUCAAACGCACUUCAGCUUAUGCUAAUUUCUCCUCAUAUGCAUGAAGCCUAUUUGCAUUGGCGCACACAUCAAACGUGGUCCAGAUUCGGGAUGGCCCUUUUGACCCUGUUGAGGAGUGGACAAAGUCAUUGGGUGCGCUGCUGUGUAAGCAGUGAUAAGGCACUUCUUAAUGUGUUUGCACAGGGGCCGGAGUGAAAAGGGCCUCUGACGCAGAAGGGCCCACUGCCUGCCGCCACCUUCACAAUGGAGGACCCCGACACCAAACACAGCCCCAAAUGUCACACAACGCCUGGACGUGGCGGGGAGGGAUGUGCAGCCUGAUUGGACGGUGUCUCGUAUAAAAAGGCCCGGUGGAUGUGGCGUGACGGCAGAGGAAGCGCGGCGUAAAAUACUGUAAAGUACGACACACUUGACAAGCCUUCUCAUCUUAGAGGCGCAUCAGUGUAAAAGAGUGUGGCAGGUGUAUGAAUUCACCCAAACACAGAUAGAGAGAUCUAAACGCAUUUGCAUUCAUUCAUAGCUGGACCGUCUCACCUUCAGGUCAUUAAGAUGUAUAAGGUGGACAUGUUGAAAGUAUUGACCACAGUUGCUCUGCUGACCGUCGCUUCGGCUGCUCCGUUGAUGCCUGGAGAACCACCAGCUGAUGGAGAUCCAAGGAGAACUGGCGCGGAUGAAAUAAACACAGCACGAGCGAAGCUACUGAGGACCGGACCAAUGACGACAUUUCCCGAUGGAGAUGGAAAGACUGCGGUGAUGAGAGCUUUAGACGAAAUAAUUACAGCAACAAGCAGCCCAAAUGUCAGAGACAAAACAGGUAUCAGUAAUCUAUUAAAGACACUAACACUCCUUUCUGACGGACACGAGGAGAUUGAUGGAUCUCUGAGGACAGACCGCACAACCAGUUCCCCCAAUUCCCAGCGGCAAGCGGAGAAGAACAGACUGUUCAGGCUGUCAGAAGUGAUUGGGUCAAACGAGCACGACGACACUCCAACAGCAGCCAAACAAUCCAAGUCUGAUCCCGUCACGGGUGAUCCCGAGGCUCGAGAGGAGCUGGUGAAGAUGUUGAGCGCACUUGAAGAGCUUCACAAGUUAAUGAACCGCACACUGAGGCAUCGAAUCACCAUCAUACCCAGAGGAAAUAGCAAUGGGCGAGGUUCUGGGAAAAAGAACAAAAUGGUAGUGACAGAUGGAAACCUGAAAUCCACCACAGCGACCACUAUAGACAGCGGUGGGAUUUCACCGAUGGCCAGCACUGACCAGAUGGAUCCCAAACUCAACGGAAAAGCCUUUAAAAAGUCUCUUCCAUCAGCUAAGAAACCCAACAAAAGAGUGUGCUUCUGGAAGUACUGCUCUCAGAACUGAGCUCCGCCUAGAUGAGCGAUAGAUUUCACCCUCAUUUCACCAACCUUUGAAAUGCCAAGCAACAAAUCCUGUUCUCAAACAUAGAUGCUUAAACUCUUCUCAAUGGACCAUCAAUAACAUGACUGACCGCUCUGACCCCUGUGACGUGUGUACCCUUGAUUUUGUGCACGAAAUCCUGUUAACCUUCUAUCGACAACACCUUUGUUGUUGCAAGCUCCAAUAAAAAUGACAAAGCAUGCAAAAAUACUGUGAUAAUAAAGAGAACUUUAUUUUUCUACA